AUGAGUGGUCCAACACCUCCUCAGCUUGAUUGGCAAAAACUAAAAAAUGAGUCCGAUGGUCUGUUUCUGGGUAUGUUGAAGCUGGGAUUUCAGGAAGUCGUUCAAAAUAAUCCAUAUUUUGCUGCCGGUGGGGGUCUCAUGCUCUUGGGUACUGGUCUCGCUCUAGCGAGACAAGGCGUAGUGAAGCUGAGUGGUUUCAUCUACCGCCAAUUGCUUGUUGAUUUGGAGAUUCCCAGUAAGGAUAAACUGUACCUAUGGUUUCUUGAAUGGAUGGCCCAACACAAGAAUCGGCGACUGAGACACUUGGCAGUCGAAACAAACUUCAUCCAGCAUGACAAUGGCGCAGUUACUACAAAGUUCUCUUUGGUUCCUGGGCCUGGGAAACAUUUGAUUAAGUAUAAGGGCGCUUACAUGCUUGUGGAUAGAGAGCGACUGGGCAAGCUCAUUGAUAUGACUCUGGGUACGCCAUUCGAGACCGUCAAAUUAACAACUUUGUAUCGUGAUCGGUAUCUUUUUCAAGAAAUGCUUUCGGAGGCUAAGCAGCUUGCUUUGAAAGCCAGAGAAGGAAAAACGGUAUUGUAUACAUCAUGGGGCCCAGAAUGGCGCCCCUUCGGUCAACCACGCAAGAAGCGCAUGCUCGGUUCAGUCAUUCUUGACAAAGGUGUAUCAGAAGGAUUGGUAAGAGACGUUCAAGACUUUUUAAACUCAGGCGACUGGUAUCACAAGCGAGGAAUCCCUUAUAGACGUGGUUACCUUCUCUACGGGCCUCCUGGUUCUGGCAAAACCUCAUUCAUUCAGGCACUUGCUGGAGAAUUGGACUACAACAUUUGCAUUUUGAAUUUACUGGAGAAUAACUUAACAGAUGAUCGGCUUAAUCAUUUAAUGAAUCAUAUUCCUGAUAGACUGAUUUUGUUGCUUGAGGACAUCGACGCUGCAUUCAAUAAGAGAGAGCAAUCGGAGGACAAAGGGUAUAAUAAUGGCGUUACCUUUCUGGGUCUUUUAAAUGCAUUAGAUGGUGUUGCCUCUGCCGAAGAGUGUAUUACGUUCAUGACUACCAAUCAUCCUGAAAAGUUGGACCCCGCCUUACUCAGACCUGGUCGCGUCGACUACAAGGUUUUAGUUGACAAUGCUAGUCGUUGGCAAGUGCAGCAAAUGUUUAUGCGUUUUUAUGAGGGCGAGGAGCAGCUUUGCGAAGAGUUUUUACGGAAGUUCGACGAGGCGGGUGUGGAAAAAGUCCUGACAGCUCAAUUGCAAGGUUUAUUUGUCUAUAACAAGGGGAACCCUCAAGGUGCAAUUGACAUGGUAGACACUUUGAAAGUUCAAAACGCUGUAUUUUGA